AUUGUAGUGUAAGUAUUAAGUAUAUCUAUGUAUGUAAUAAUGAUCUAAUGUGUAACCAAUCUUACCUUUUGUGUACUCCACGUGUAACCUCAUUUUUACUGUAUUUAAUCAUUGUUUUAUUAUAAUUAAAGCGCAGUCAUACCUGAGAUCUCGUAGUUUUAAUGUGUUUUCUAACACCUCCCGUACAUGGCGACCCUGCCAGCUGUCCGCGCGAGUCGGUUAUUUGAGACGGUGCAUACAUAAAUGGAGUGGAACUUUUAUUGGAUUAAUUGAUUUGGUUGCUACGGGACUGAGAAAUAAUUAAAAGUGAUGACUAUGGCGCAGUUACAACAAAUCGGUUGCACUUACGAGUUGGACGCUUCAAUUCUUGUGUCGUACAAAAUAACUGAAAAUUUACUAUGGGUAACCUAAAAUCUCAAGAAGUAGUCAUCGCUCAGAAUGCUGCCGGAGGUGUUAACCAAGCUACGACGGAGGAAAUACAGCAGCAUAUGUCGACCACAAAAAUACUGCUGUGCGUUAUAAUAUUAUUUUUAUGUCUGGGGCUGCUGUAUCUUGCCUACAGUACUUAUAAGAAGUGCCAUUUGCGAUGGAUAUCAAGGCAAAUAAAUAGAGCUACACUGAGGGAUUCUUUUUUCCGACGACCAGCGGCGACUCCCGGGCGUCUUGACAGAGAGGCGCAGCAGGCUCCGAAUAAACUUUAUCCAGGAGUUGUUUAGUGAAACGCGAUCUGUUAAAGUGAUUAAGUGUGCGGUAUCCAAUAAGUGCUUCACAGUGCGGUUAAAAGUGCGUUUUCGUAAAUAUAUCAUACUGCUCGGGCAUUAGUUAAAAUAGGUAACGUCUUAAUAUAUGGGAGUAAAAUUAAAAUAUAUAAUGGACAUAUUAUUUAAUGGACUUUAGUGUUAUUAAUAGUUCAUGUUUACUCAAAUAAUGCAUCAUCAGCGUUUGUGUGGUAAGUUAUGGCAAUUACUUUACAGUCGUUAUAUAAUGAAUUAAAAGAGAUCAGAACUUAUUUAAUAAAAAUAGGCCCAAAGAGAAGACAAGGUCAUAUUUUAGAAAGCAAACUAAGUGAAGCUAAUAUAGUGCAUGAGCAAUUUGAAUGCUGGUUAAAUACAUAUAAGUCAAAAUUAAGAAAUGACGACGAUGAUGAUCCAGUUGUGCAUAGUUUUUGUAAACAAUUUUUAACGUUAUUUAAUGAAAUUGUAGAUUUAUGUCAAAGCGAUAAAAAUUCCGAAGAUUUUGUUACAAUGAGUACUUUUGAUUUAAAGACUGCCUUGAACUUAUUGCCCUGUAUGACAGAUACAGAGGCUAAUACGAAGCAAUUAAUUGACAAUAUAGAAUAUUAUAAUUCUUUAUUGGACAAGGAUGUAUAUUUUGGAAACCAACUAUCAGAAUUAUUUGUUGACCUUACAAUUUCGCAAGCGAACGGCAAGUCAGAAAAUUACAGCAUUUUAAAGCCAUUAAAUGAAAAUAUAGCUAUCAAAAAAUUCGCCGACGCCUUGCGAGAUCGUAGGCUCAGUACUAUUAUUGCUGCCAGGAAUUUUAGCACUUUGAAGGACGCAAUCCAGGCUGCCAUGGAUGAGGAGGUCACCACCGCGUCGGGUUCGGGCGAAAUUAUGGGUAUGCAUAAAACUUUUUAUUCUUAUCAUAACAGAGGACAAAAAUAUAAUUUUAGAGGAAAUCGAGGAGGCUUCUACAACUCAAACUCUUCAUAUAGAGGACAAGGACGAGGUUUUCGAGGAAAUCAGCGAGGAUGGCAUCAGCAGGUCACGACCCGAGGUGCACCGACGCGAGGACAUCGGUUCAGCGGUCAACAAUAUAGAGGUAAGUCCAGAAGAAAACAAGGGAUAUGUCAACAACCUAAUGUUAACGUUAUAGAUGAAGAACGCUUUUUAAAUUCAUUGCCUAAUACAGAGCCCCAAAGUUCACAAUCGAAUGUGACUGAAACAUUUUUUCGUGACCAAUAAUAAGCAACAUUCAAUUUUAUCAUGCGAUAGUGAUUGUUUUACAUGUUUUUCAGUAAAUGGAAAAUUAUUUUCAUUUUUGGUAGAUUCUGGUGCAUCUUUAAGUUCAAUUAAAUAUAGUUACGUAAUUGGCCUAAAUUUAACUUUGCAUAAAGAAGACAUUACUAUAAAUGGUCUUGGGGGCAAAGUCCGUGCAUUAGGGUACGUGUAUCUACAAUUGAGUAGUGAUGAUGUAACUAUUAGUCAUAAGUUUUAUGUUUUAAAUACAUUGCCUAUUACAUCAUCGGUCGAGACUUUUUAAGAAGAUUUAGAUCUGUUUUGAAUUUCGAUACAAAUAUUUUGACUUUGCGUGAUACUAUAAAUCGAACGAAUACUUUACCAAUUACAACUAAAAGUAAUAACUUAUUAGAAGUUUCGGCUAGGAGCGAGUCUAUUCACUAUAUUCAGACACAGUUUGAAG